AAUUACCAAGAAGCCCUUCGGUACAUCGGCAAGCUGCCUUUUGAGCAGGCAGAGAGCAACAUGAAGCGUUAUGGGAAGACCCUCAUGCACCACAUACCAGAGCAGACAACACAGUUGCUAAAGGGACUUUGUACUGACUAUCGGCCCAGUCUGGAAGGUCGAGGCGAUAGAGAGGCUCCAAGCUGCCAAGCCAACUCUGAGGAGUUCAUCCCCAUCUUUGCAAACAACCCCCGAGAGCUGAAAGCCUUCCUGGAGCACAUGAGUGAAGUGCAGCCAGACUCACCCCAGGGUAUCUAUGACACACUGCUUGAGCUGCGGCUGCAGAACUGGGCCCAUGAGAAGGAACCGCAGGUGAGGUCUGGCCAGACUGGUGGGAGGUGCUGGAGAGAAUACAGCUCUUGGGCUGGGAAUGUUGCUCAGUAGUAGAAUACUUGUCUAGCCUGUGUGGAGCCCCGAGUCUGUUUCCAGCAUUGCAAAAGUGAAAAGAAGCUGGGUUCAGUGGCUCACACUUGUAAUCCUAGCUACU